AUGGUAAUCGUCAAGUUAAAGUAUCCAGAGAUCAUGAGGGGUAAUAUAAUUAAAGAUGACCAUGAUCUUUCUAUCAUAAUUAACAAACAAAACAUGACUUCUUCAAAAUACAUUUCAAUCAUCAGUUCAAAAACUGCAUAUGAUGCGUAUCGUCUUGAUCAGAGAUUCAAUUCAUUAGUUCUUGAUCUAAAUCUGUCUUGCAAUGAUACAUUAAAAAUAAUUUCGGAUCUUUUCAAGAGUGGAGAACUUGUUUAUGAAAACGACAGAAAACACAAUAGAGACAUUUUCGAGGUGGGUUUAGCAAUCGGAAAUGAGUUCCUCAUCAAUGUUUUCUGUGACUUUGUCAAGACUUAUAUUGAAAUCAACUUAGAAAACUUUUACGACAUAUAUGAUGCUGCUUCAGUUCAAAAUGACACAAAUAAGAUCAAUGAGUGCAUUUCUUUCUUUGCAUCGAGGAUGAGUUUUCUCAAAGAAGAAUACAAGAUAGAAACAAUCAAAAGAUAUGGAUACGACUUCUUUGAGAGUGUAUUGAUAUCUAAAUCUCUUAAAAUAUCAACAGAAGACUCUUUAUGCAAAACGAUCAUCUCUAUGAGCAAACAUGAUAAUAUUUACUUCGAAUUACUUAAAUAUGUCAGAAUCGAAUUUUGCAGCAAAAAUGUUAUUGAAGAUAUUUCAAACUAUGCAGAAGCAAACAAACUUGAAUCUAUUUCUAGUCAAAUCUUCAAACGUGCACUUCUUCAACAUCCACCAUUUCUUCAUAAACUAGAACUUUCGCCAAUCAACGAACUUCACAGAAAUGACAUCUCAGAUGAAAAUAUAAGAAAAUUAAGAAGUUUAACGAAAGCAAAAGAAAAUUUUGGUAAAAUAUAUGAAUUACUUGCAAAGGCAUCAAAUGAAGGAGAUCUUUUAACAAUCAAACUUGCAGUUGAUGAGAAAUAUUCUGAUGUUCGUGGUGAUUGUGACUAUAAUAUGAUCCUUGAAGCAUCAUAUAGAAAUAAUCUUUCUCUUGUGAAACAUUUGUAUAUAAAUGGUGCUGAUAUAAGAAGUAAAAGUACAGGCAAUUGGACAACCCUUCAUUGUUUUUGUUAUAAAGGAAACUUAUAA